GAAUUUAUUUCUACUAUUAUUGAUGUGUGAAGUUGCCGCCGUAUCUGCAGCCCCUUGUCCGCCUGGUUGGAUACAAAACGAUUCGACAUGUUAUUCUUUUGUGACUUCCUCAAAAGAGCAUUGGACCUCUGCUUCGUAUCACUGCAGUCUUCACAGUGCUUCACUAGUAGAAGUAGACUCCUCAACAGAGAAUGACUUCCUCAGAAAGCAUUCAAUAGACAUGGGCAUUCACUCUGAUUUCUGGAUUGGGUUGACCGAUGAUUCAUCGGAGGGUAACUGGGAGUGGUUGCCUUCAGGAAAUACCGUGUCGUUUUCUGACUGGGCUCCUGGACAGCCAGACAAUGGUCACAAUGAGGACUGUGUUCUGUUAUCACAUUCCAAACACUACCACUGGAACGAUGACCAGUGUGAUAACUCACAUUACUUCAUUUGCGAGAGAGAGAUAGACGAAGGAGGUACUAUAAUCGGAUGACCAUGUAAACACUAGUGCGUCCUUGAAAAUGUCUUCGAGUCUUGAAAUA